GACCGAUAUGUACUCGAACAUUCUAGAUGUCGCUACAGUAGAAGAUUCUGGAAACUAUCUGAGGCCCUAUAUAAGGCCGGUAUAGACCACGACCGAGGCAGUAUUGAAUUGGCGAUACAAGAGAAUACUUCGAAGCGAAAUAACGGCGAACUGUGUUUUAUUAUUAGUGUGAUUUUAGAUUGUAAUUAGUGUUGUGUAAUUAAAGUGUCAAUUUUGGUAAUUCAAUCGGCAGUUUUUAAUUGUCUCGAACCCCAAGCUCGUAACAAUUGGUGUCAGAAGUGGGAUCAAAUCAUGCCGAUUUUACCAAAGGACGACAUGGAGGGUAUCCGUACCCGAAGUCAACGCCAGCUGGAGACGGACCAGAGACGAUUUGGUAAUGCAUCGCCGCAAACGUCGGAGGGCCAGCUGCCGACCACGGAGGCCGGCCCUUCAGCAGCUCCUGCAUCUGCAGCACCUGACUUAGGUGCUCUGAUGAUGAUGCUACAGGAGCAAGCCCGCCAAUAGGAGGAACAGGCUCGUCGGUUGGAAGAGCAGCUGCAGCGUGGACAGGAGGAACAGACCCGCCAACAGGAGGAACAGGGCCGUCAGUUGGAAGAGCAGCUCAAACGUGAUAAAGGAUACUUCCCAUGAAGGACCUUCACGCUACCUUUGGGAAAGAGAUAAGGGAGGUGAAGGAUAAGGUUGCUCGAUAUGACAACCGCCUGUCGGAAGCUGAAACCCGAAUCGACCAAGUGUACAAUCGGGUUAACAACGUGAUGGCUGACAUGAAGAAAACGCUGGACAACCUCAAACUUGGGGAUGGAGUUACUGCUCUCGUGGUAGCUACAACACCUUCGCUACGUGGAUUCAAAGUGCCGCCGUUCGACGGGACUUCAAAGAGUCAGACGUCAGCCUACAAAAUCCAGUUCGAGGCUGUCAUGAAAGCGAACGGCUGGAAUAAAAGUCAGGCCAUGACUGCUCUCACUCUAGGCCUACGCGACCAGGCCUUAACUGUUCUGAAAGCUCUCGGUAAGGAAGUGACUUACGAGCAGCUCCUUGAGGCAUUGGACGCGAGAUAUGGCGAUGCUCACCUGGAACACGUCUUUCGUGUGCAGCUCAAAGAUCGCGUGCAACGCAGCAACGAAAACCUGCAGCAGUGGGCCCUUGAGGUGGAGAAGCUGGUUCGAAAAGCGUACCAGUCUGUACCUGCGCUCAUUGUAGGGAACCUGGUGCAGACAUUCAUCGACGGCAUCCGCGACCUUGAAGUCAGAGCUGCUGUAAGGCUCGGACACCACGAGACGCUUAAGGACGCCUUGACCCAUGCACUGGAGGUGGAAGCCGUGCGGCAGGAUCAUCGUUCCCACCGCGUCAGGGAGAUUGCAGCAGCUAUAGUUCAGGACCGCAAUAAGGGCUACAGUCCUAGGUGCUCCGGCUGUAGGGAAAGGGGCCAUCUUCGAUCCAGCUGCCCUAAGCGAACUGUAGAGAGGAAAAGUGAUCGAUCUCGAGAGGGUAGUGCGGAUAAUAGCACCGCCCAGCAGCAGCAGGGAAGCGAGUAAAAGUCAGGACUGCGGGGCGGGUGCUGGCUGAUGUUAAAAGAGCCCCAAGGAUUUCGAUCUCACAAACCCAUGAUGGGAACAGCCUAAUCAUCAAGGGCGAAGUCAACGGAACGCCGUGUAAACUGACCAUAGAUACUGGAGCCUCUCGCACGGUUGUCAGUUCCCAACUUAUAAGACGGUUCCUUGGGGACUCCGCAUACAACCGAGAACGCAUUAAUUUGGUGACAGCCACCGGUCAGCGCAUACCCGUCCGAGGAGAGAAGGAGAUGGAGUUGAAGCUAGGCAACAUGAUCUACCUGCAUAAUGUCAUCGUGGCUGAUAUAAUGGACGACUGCAUCCUGGGCCUAGACUUUCUAAGGAAGAAUUGUUGUGAGAUCGACGUUAAGCAAGGUGUUUUGAAAUGUGGACAAGAGGAACUUUUCGUGGAAGGGGCGUUACCAGGGAAUGUGUACAGCCUUAAGAAGAUUGUUCUUCCGCCGAGAUCGGAAACGAUUGUGCCGGUUAGACUUCCACGGAAUCCUGGGCAAACUCUUCGUUGUGUACUCGUGGAAAGGGUAGACAAUGACCUUCCAUGGAAAGUGGCUCGAACCUUGGUCAGAACCGCUGACAUCUCAGGAGUACGUGUGCUGAAUCUUUGUGAUCAGGAACAGAUUAUAGAAAAAGGCACAUUGGUUGGUACUAGUGAGGAAGUGGAUUGGUUGCGUCAGUGCCAAUAUCUAUCGACUGGGACACCCAGCAAGGAUGGACAAACUAGAGUGACCACACUUUUAGAAGACUGUCGCAGCGUUCUCUCCCCGAAUGAAACGGUCAAAGCGAAGAAGUUGUUACUCAAGUAUGCCAAUGUUUUCCCGUCAAACGAAGCUGACAUAGGAAAGACUGGCUUAGUUCAACACAAAAUAAACACAGGACAAGAAUUGCGUAUUCGUCAGCGGCCAAGAAGAUUGCCUGUAGCACGUGAAAAGGAAGUGGAAACCAUAUUUGAGGGAAUGGUGAAGGAUGGUGUUAUUGAACUUUAAUCUAGUCCAUGGUGUUCACCUGUGGUGCUGGUAAAGAAGAAGGACGGCAGCAUGCGGUUUUGUGUUGACUACCGCCGCCUGAACGACGUUCCGAAGAAGGACAGCUAUCCCUUACCAAGAAUUGAUGACACGCUGGACAUGCUUACAGGCGUAAAGUGGUUUAGUACGCUGGACCUGACAAGUGGCUACUGGCAGGUUGAAAUUGACCCUAAGGACAAGGAGAAAACUGCAUUCUCCACAGGAAAGGGUCUGUGGCAAUUUAAAGUCAUGCCGUUUGGAUUGUGCAAUGCUCCAGCAACGUUUGAAAGAUUGAUGGAGCUUGUACUUACCGGGCUAAUUGGAGAUGCUUGUCUGGUCUAUUUGGAUGACAUCAUCAUCGUAGGCCGUACGUUUGAAGAACACCUUCAAAACCUGGAACGCGUGCUCAUGAAGAUCCAGAGUGCCAACCUCAAGUUGUGUCCAAAGAAGUGCUCACUAUUCAAACGGCAAGUUAGUUUUUUGGGGUAUGUAGUGUCGGAAGAAGGUAUCCGCACGGAUCCAGAAAAAAUUGCCGCUGUCAAGGAGUGGCCGGUUCCAAAAGACAAGACACAGGUUAGAGCAUUUUUGGGUUUGUACUCUUAUUAUCGGCGAUUUGUGAAGAACUUUGCAGAUAUAGCCAAACUUCUGCACAAGCUAACCGAGGAGAAGCGACUUUUCUGCUGGGAUGAAAGUUGCGAUAUUGCAUUCCAGGAGCUCAAGAACCGUCUGUGCAAAACACCUAUUUUGGUGUACCCUGAUGCGGGCAAGGAAUUCAUAGUUGACACAGACGCAAGUGAUAUAGGACUUGGCGGUGUGUUGUCUCAACGGAAUGGUGAUCAAGAGAUUGUGAUAGCGUACUUCAGCAAGUCAUUGUCAAAGCCGGAAAGGAACUAUUGUGUCACAAAACGGGAAUUGUUGCUGUGGUAAAGUCCUUGCAGCAUUUUAGCAAAUAUCUCCUGGGGCGGAAAUUCUACUUACGAACUGACCAUGCUGCACUGAAAUCGCUAUUGCAGUUCAAAAAUCGGGAAGGACAAGUUGCGAGAUGGAUUGAACUACUACAGGAAUACGACUUUGUGAUCGAACAUCGCAGCGGGAAAUCUCAUGGCAAUGCAGAUGCAUUGUCAAGAAGACCUUGCCCUGAAGAUUGCAAGCAUUGUACUAGGCAAGAGGGUAAGGAAGUGGUAUCUGUGAGGAUGCUCAGGACAGACCAACAAUGAUUGGAAGGACAGCCUACAACAUGCACAGCAGGAAGAUUCGGACAUUAAGCCGAUUCUGGAAUGGAUGAAGGCCAGUGCUCCUAAGCCCAAGUGGAGCGACGUCUUAGCAAUGAGUUCGACCACGAAAAGCUAUUGGGCCCAAUGGGACAGCUUGCUGAUUCAGGAUGGAGACCUGUGCCGUAAAUGGGAAAAUGGUCGGGGACACAGGUGUCAUUUGCAAAUGGUUGUCCCUAAGGCUAAAGUGCCGGAUGUUCUACAGCUGUACCAUAGUGGUUGUUCAGGAGGCCACCUGGGAGUUAAACGAACUCUCCUGAAGAUCGGAGAACGGUUUUACUGGAUCCACUGUCGUGAUGAUGUCGAGGACUGGUGCCGCAAAUGUACAAGUUGUGCGGCUGUAAAGGGACCUCAAAUUCGUAGUAGAGGCGCAUUGAAAUUGUACAAUGUUGGUGCACCAUGGGAGAGGAUAGCCAUUGACGUUGCGGGGCCGUUUCCAGAAACUGAAAGUAGUAACAAGUAUUUCAUGGUUGUGAUGGAUUACUUCACUAAGUGGCCAGAAGUCUUCGCCAUUCCAAAUCAAGAAGCUUCAACAGUUGCAGAUAAACUAGUUCAUGAAGUCUUCUGUCGUUUUGGAGUACCUUUAGAGAUUCACAGCGAUCAAGGAAGGAAUUUCGAGUUUCAAAUAUUCCAGGAAACUUGCAGAGUUAUGGGUACUCAUAAAACACGAACAACUUCUUACCACCCACAAUCUGAUGGAAUGGUAGAACGAUUUAAUCAGACAUUGGAAAGGUACCUGGCAAAAGUUGUGGAAAAACGCCAACGAGACUGGGACAGGCACAUACAACCGUUUUUGUUGUCAUAUCGAAGCGCUGUUCACGAAAGUACAUCAGUGACACCAGCUUUCGCAAACUUUGGGAGAGAAUUGCGGCUGCCUGCAGACCUGAUCACCGGAAUACCACCUGAUGCCCCACGCAGUAUAACCGAUUAUGCAAAUGACUUGCGGAACAAAAUGAAUGACAUUUAUGAGCACGUCAGACAAACGGGCCAGCAUACGUCUGAGAAGAUGAAAACACGGUAUGACCGCAAAAUGAACAACAAGGGGUUUGAUGAAGGUUCACUAGUGUGGUUACACAAUCCAGUUCGCAGCAAAGGGAAAUCUCCUAAGCUUCAAGCUAAAUGGGACGGACCGUACCGGAUUGUGACAAGGAUCAAUGACGUAACCUACCGGAUACAGAAAGGUGCCAGAGGUACUCCUAAGAUUGUCCAUGUGGAUCGACUGGCGCGUUAUUAUGGGGCCAAUAAUGCUUGGGACGAGCAUGUCUAAAGGCCGGCAACGCAUCUGCAAUUCCCCUGGUGUUGCGGUUGUUCAUGGGCGGCGGUAGUCACUUACCAUCAGGUGAGCCGCAUGCUCGUUUGCCCCCUCUCCUAUAAAAAAAAUGUCUUAGGAGGGGGCAGUGUUGCGCGCCACUAUUAAUGUCUUGUACAUGGCAACACUAGUUACACUAGCGCCCUCUAGUGUCAAGUAAAAGAAAGUGUUGCGCGCCACUAUUAAUGUCUUGUACAUGGAAACACUAGUUACACUAGCGCCAGCUUCCAGAAAUUUCGGGACCGAUAUGUACUCGAACAUUCUAGAUGUCGCUACAGUAGAAGAUUCUGGAAACUAUCUGAGGCCCUAUAUAAAGCCGGUAUAGACCACGACCGAGGCAGUAUUGAAUUGGCGAUACAAGAGAAUACUUCGAAGCGAAAUAACGGCGAACUGUGUUUUAUUAUUAGUGUGAUUUUAGAUUGUAAUUAGUGUUGUGUAAUUAAACUGUCAAUUUUGGUAAUUCAAUCGGCAGUUUUUAAUUGUCUCGAACCCCAAGCUCGUAACAAUAUUUCCAGUGUUCUGAAACCGUCAAAGAAAGUUGCAAAAGCGUGCGUAAAUGAGUAUUCUUACAAUAAGUUGAGCAUGGUUUUGACUUGGUUUCGGGCUUCACUAAUAGUGUACACAGUACUUAGUCUCUUUGUUUCUUGCUUUCAGACGUUUUGAAUAGUUGUGAUGAGAGUUGGAAUAAUGGAUAGGUUUAAAUAUAAUAAAACUGAUCAUUAUUUAUAUAAUAAAAUAAGCAAUAUGGAUAUAUUAAUUAUUUUAUUUUUAGUAAACUUCAGAAUAGCAGGAGUUAUUAUCCAUUUGUUAUUUUUAUCAAUCAAAGUAAAUCAGGAAUGUCUAGGACAGGUAAAUGAAAUUGUAUACUUGGGGAGUGCUUUUAGCCGGGAUGGAAGAUGUGAUUUAGAUGUGGACAGGCGUGUCGCUGCCGGGAACAAAGUCAAUGGUGCCCUGACUGCGUUAGUCAAACGCAAGGCGUAGCGAAGAGUGCACGCCUUGCAAUACAUAACGCAGUGCUGGUACCGACUUUGUUAUAUGGCAGCGAAACCUGGGUAUGCCAGAAGAAGCAUAAAAGUAAGUUGAAUGCAGUGGAGAUGCGAUCUCUUCGUAAAAUGUGCGGCGUUACUAUGGCCGACCGAAAGCGAAACGAAGAGAUUCGCAAUAUGGCAGGUUUGAAAGAUGACCUUAUCACAAAAAUUGAUAAGGGCGUGCUUCGGUGGUUUGGGCACGUUGAGCGAAUGAGUGAAGACCGAAUGGUGAAGAAAAUAUAUAGCGCGAAAGUUAAUAUUAAAAGGUGUCGAGGUAGACCGAGACUAACUUUCGAAGACCAUGUGAGCAAAUUGCUCGAAGAGGGUAGGGUCAAGAGUACUCGGGUACCUAGACGUGCAUGUAUGAAGAAGAUAAUGAAUCUGAAAGAAGCGAAAGAGAUAUGUAAGGAUCGUGACACUUGGCGAUCUGUUCUCUCUGGCUACCCCGUCAGGGAUUGUGCGUGAAGAUAAGUAAGUUAUUUUUAUGGCUAUUAUACCAUAAUAAAUGAUUCAAUAGUUACUUAGCUUUAAAGAAACGUUAUUCUCAAUAAAGACAUAUGUUAUGUGUACUCACCUGAGAACAAUAUUAACUAGAUAUACCCAUUCAAUAACAGAGUUUUAAAUGUAUUAAAAGAGUGUACAUUUCUUUUACUGGAGGGUAGUAAUAUUAAAAAUAUAUCAUUAUAUUAUGUUAAAUUACUUUAUUUUUUAAUUAUUAUUGUAUUUUUCACUAGAUGAUGGCAAAUUUAGUACUUGAAGAAGGUGCAUUAUUACAAAUCGAAAGUGUCUCCCUGCCAGUAGCAACAUUUUCAAAAUUCCAGCCACUCUCUGAAGAUUUCUUGGAUAUCACUAACCCCAAAGCAGUACUUGAAAACUGCCUCAGAAAUUUCUCUUGCUUGACAACAGGCGACGUGAUCGCCAUUAAGUAUAACUCAAAAGUCUAUGAAUUAUGCGUUCUAGAAACCAAACCGGGAAAUGCUGUGAUCAUUAUUGAAUGUGAUAUGAAUGUUGAGUUUGCUCCUCCUGUUGGUUAUAAAGAAGAAGAACGCAUUCCAAGAAGCGCCGAUGGCAACGCGGGACCAAGCAUGGACGAAGAUCCAGCUGUCAUGAUGCCAGAGCCCAGUGGCUUUAUAGCUUUUAGCGGUGAAGGCAACCGGCUUGAUGGCAAGAAAAAGAAACUUACCAGUGAAAGCGAGUCUGAAUCGCAGAACUCUCAAGCAAGACAAUCAUACGUCCGCGGGAUACCAGACUAUGAUUUUGUCAUCGGAACAUUAAGAUUUAUUAGAAACUCAAGGCCACCUAGCGCUAAAGAAGAAGCUCCUGCAGAACCAUUUCAAGCAUUUAAAGGAGAAGGGUUCACACUGCGUACUGCUAAGUCAAAGAAUUAAAUGAGAUUUAAUAUGUAAAAUAUACAUGUUUUUAAGUAAAAAAGAGUAUCCACACACGUCUUUGCUAAAAUUUUAUAAUCUUAGUUGUUUCUUAAAUUGAACAUAUUGAUAUAAUAAUUACAUACUAUGGUAGUGAUCAUUUAAUUAUUUUAUUAAUGUUAAUAUUGUUUGACAAUCACAAACACACAAUUGUAAAUGAUUAAAUGAUUGAUACAU